AAAGCAACCCACAUUCUUUGCCACUCCUUUUUGAGCGUGCAAGCAAUGCAGUAUCUACCUGAGAAGCAGCCAACCAGGAACUUAUGGACAAAGCAUGCUAGAGCUUUAAGAUCCUCAUCUCAGUUAACAGUGGAAGCCUUUCAUCUUCCAACCAAAGAGACUUCUCCCCUUUUGACCUGUCUACCAGUCAACUACAGCAGUCAAAGAAAAUGGGUCUUCUGGAUGUUUUGAGGUUUAGCUUUGUAGAAAUGAGCGGUACAGCAGCCACAGUGACCUUCUUUGUGAUCUUCUUGAUUCUACUGUGUUGGUACUCGACCUCCGCAUUUUCCAAGCUAGAGAAGGUGGGCAUUCAUCAUCCUCCACCUUUGCCUUUCAUUGGAAACCUGCUGUUCUUUCGUGAGGGAUUUUGGGAAAACCACAACAAAUUGAUAAAUGAGUAUGGACCUGCCUGCGGGUACUACAUUGGCCGUCGUGCAUUUGUGGUGGUUUCCGAUCCAGAUAUGAUAGAGCGUAUCUUAGUGGAAGACUUCAGAAACUUUACUAACAGAAUGACUCCAGCCGUAAUAUCUAAGCCGAUGGCAGACAGCAUCCUCACUUUGCGCGACGAGAGAUGGAAAGAGGUUCGAAGCCUGUUGACCCCUGCCUUCAGCGCUGCAAAGAUGAAAGAGAUGACUCCACUAAUCAACCAGGCAUGCAACAUCCUGCUGAGUCACUUAAAGGUCUAUGCAGAUUCUGGCGCCGCUUUUGACAUCCAAAGGAAUUAUGCCUCCUUCACCCUGGACGUUGUUGCUAGUUUGGCCUAUGGUAUCCAAGUGGAUUCCCAGAAGAACCCUAGUGACAGCUUUGUUCAGAACAGCAAAAGAUUUUUUGAACUUUCAAUGUUUAAACCCCUCUUAAUUCUAACCAUUGCAUUUCCGUUCAUAAUGAUUCCCCUGAUCCGGAUUUUUCCAAAUAAGAAGCAAAGCAAGGUGAAUGGAUUUUUUAUCAGUGCCAUUAAGAAUAUGAUUGCCUUGAGAGACCAGCAAGACACAGACGAGAGACGUAGGGACUUCCUCCAGCUGAUGCUUGAUGCCCGGAACCCUGCCAAUGACACCAGCAUGGAACAUUUUGACACCGUCAGCCAAGGUCUGGAGGAAAGCAAGACAGCUGCUAACAAAGAGCUCCCAAAGAAGCAGCCUAAAACAUUGAGUAAUGACGAGAUAUCUGGCCAGGCCUUCUUGUUCUUGAUCGCUGGCUACGAAACCGCCAACAGCACCCUCUCUUUCGCCACGUACCUGCUAGCCACCAAUCCCGAGUGCCAGGAGAAGUUGCUCCGCGAGGUAGAUGAAUUCUUUGCAAAACAUAAUGUUCCUGACCACCAAAACAUCCAUGAACUCCUCUAUCUGGAUAUGGUGAUAGCAGAGACUCUACGCAUGUAUCCACCUGCAUUCAGGUUCACCCGUGAAGCAUCAAAAGACUGUGUAAUUUUGAGACAACGCGUACCUGCUGGUUUUAUAGUAGAAAUCGCUGCUGGGCAGCUCCAUUACAACCCAAAGAUCUGGCCAGAUCCUGAGAAGUUUAUUCCUGAGAGGUUUACAGCAGAGGCCAAGCGGCAGCGCCAUCCCUUCUCCUAUCUGCCCUUUGGGGCAGGCCCUCGGGGCUGCAUCGGGGUGAAGCUGGCUUUGACGGAGCUCAAGAUUACACUGCUAAGAAUCUUGCAGAAGUUCAGGUUUCAAACCUGCCCCGAGACUCAGAUUCCUUUGCAGCUGAAAUCUCAAGCCACCCUAGGACCAAAGAAUGGAGUCUACAUUAAGAUAGCUUCGAGAUAGAACAGAACCCGAUUUCUACGCGCCUUCCAAGGAGAUGACA